AUGCAGCUCGGCAGGGCACUCACAUUCCUAACUCUCACCCCCAUCGCGUUCUCAUUUAAAAUCCGCGCAUUCAGCGGUGACAAAUGCACGGGUAGUGCUAAAGAAAUUAAUAUUUGGGAUAAUUCCUGCCGAACGACUAGUCUCCCCACGACAAGAUCUUUCAGAGUCUUGGCUUACGGGGCUCAUCGCCAGAGAGCAACGUUUUAUGGGGCACCUGCUUGCUACCCUAACAAGAAUGAGAAGGAUUGGUGGGCUGAUGGUGGCAGUAAUGUUUUUAAGAAGGGGGACUGCGUGAGUUUGUAUUUUAAUGCGAAGGCUUAUGGCUCUCGGUCUGCUUGA